UCUUUUUCGUGGUUCAUAUCAUCGGCGGUCGGCAUUUUAAUCUGUAUGAAACUGGCGCGUGUGUUGGUGAUCCUGUUUAGAAUCUGUAUGUAAUCUGCGGUGGGAGAUGUAUGGCUUACUACUGACAUGUUUCUUGAUUUGUUUGUUUGGGGUAUUUGUUAAAGAAUUGCAGAUUUGCAGUAUGGGCUGGUUCAAAGAUUCUGCAUUAUUCUAGUCGGUAUAAAGAAAUCUUGUUGUCUGAUGCUGCCAUGCAAUUUGGCCUCUUGUUAGGGAUGAUAACCAGAUAAGUAGUCUACAUUGUUAACUAGGAGCGAAUAGAAAAUUUGCAGGCACAUUAUCAUGGACAAAUCUGGUUGUUGUUGUGUUGAUUGAUUGAAUGUCAUCAAGCAAAAAAAGGUGGGUGCAUACUCUUAAUUGUUCGCAAUGAUUCUUUGCGAGAAUCAUGGGUUUGAUGAUGCAACCAAACCAAAAAUGUAAUCGUAGUCCUAACUACUGAUGGAAUAUUGGGAGCAAUUAGGUAGGUCCGUAGGUAGAUCCUUGUCACUAGGAUGUACAGGUCCUAUAUGCUUUUUGUAGCCUCCAUUGGGCUUAUGCGCAUCGUGCCGCCUCAAGUUUUGUCGAGUAAGGUUUCAGGGAAGUGGCUUCUAUCACCCUACAAAAUUGCGUUGUUUGCUGAAAUGGGGGGCAUAGUCGGGCGGGGUGAUUCUCCAAGGCACACUUCACCAGCAUCAAAGUUAGAGAGAAAGAUGGUUGAAGCCAUGCAGCAGAGAGCACAGAAAGGAACUUCUGUUAAAUCAUUCAAUAGUGUUAUUAUGAAGUUCCCAAAAAUUGACGAGAGUUUGAGAAACUGCAGAAUUAUCUUUCAGCAAUUUGAUGAAGAUUCCAAUGGUGAAAUAGAUCAACAAGAACUUAAGCAUUGUUUUCAAAAGUUGGAUAUCUCAUUCACAGAUGAGGAGAUAAAAGACCUAUUUCAGGCAUGUGACAUUUAUGAAAACAUGGGCAUGAAAUUUAAUGAGUUCAUUGUCUUCCUGUGCCUUGUUUAUCUUCUGAAUGAUCCGCUUGUGUCAGAAGCAAGAAAAAGAAUGGGACUAGGUAGUCUUGAACCAACUUUCGAGACAUUGGUUGAUUCAUUCGUCUUCUUGGACAAAAACAAAGAUGGGUAUGUCAGCAAGAAUGAGAUGAUACAAGCGAUCAACGAAACCAUCGGAGGAGAACGCUCUUCUGGGCGGAUAGGCAUGAAAAGAUUUGAGGAAAUGGAUUGGGACAAGAAUGGAACGGUGACCUUCAAGGAGUUCCUCUUCGCUUUUACUCGUUGGGUGGGGAUUGAUGAUAACGAAGAUGACGACGAUGAGGAGGGAGUGUAAAAUGAAGAUUUACUCAUCCUGAAUUAGGCCAAGUCAGCAGCCCUCAGGAGCACUCAAGCAGUCCUCCUAUUGUGGCUUGGAGUACUCAAUGAUAAACCGGAGAUUAGUUCAUGUUGUUUAUGUUCUUGUUAAUAUAAAGAUUGGACCCAAGUUAUUUCUAGUUGUGGCGAAAGUUUAGUGGUAUAAAGCUGCUUUGGUCAUAUGGCAUUUGAUCCAAUUGAUCGUAGAUAAUUAACCCUGUCAUUCAAAAAAAAUUGUAAGCUUGGAUGUUUCAGAGAUAAAAAAUUGUAAAGUGUGAGGAAGUGUCAUUUUCUUUGAAAUUAAAUGUUUGUUCUUGUAUA